CCCUCCUUUAAUCUUCUUCACGAAGUUUCCCCCAAACGCCUCUCGGUUGUUGGCGACUCCGGCAGCCCUCGGUCGUGGCACAGACAAUUGAGAUGUAUGUUUGUAAGAGUGCCAUGGCGACCCGAAGAAAGGAAUCACCACCAACAACAGCCAAGGAAUCCUGGCUGCAGGAUGCAGUCGUGAUCAGCGGCAUCGAGAAACUUCUAUCAAGUCUCACGGAGGAUAAAAUAAAAGGAAGACUGGAGUACCUUUAUGGAAAAUUUGGAAAAAUAUUGGGAAUACUUUACCCCCACAACCGCAACAAGGAUGAGGCACUCAUUGUUUAUGACAAUAAUCAAGGAAUUGAUGACCUUGUGGAAAUAACAAGAAUUUACCACACAAGAAGAUACAAUGCAAACGUAAAGGAACAUCCACAAAGUCAUCCGGAAUAUAGCGACAACCAAAAAGAGUCAGCAUCACGCACGCUGAGAAGAGGCUUGCGGAGCUCCAAUGUAAUUUCAGACCAGGGCAGUCCUGCACAGAUGCCAUAUUCUCUGUCCUGCUACAGCAGAGGUGUAGGCAACUACAAAGAAGUUGAUGAGGCUCAAGAUGAACUUUUCAAAGAUUUGCAAAGUAAAACAAAAAGUAGCACGAGCAAUGAGGACACAGCAUCAUUUUCGAAGUUACGUCAAACGUCUGGCGAUGUUAAAGACUCAAGACAGUCAAACACUGAACUUUUACACGCUUCAAAAAUUAACUCUGAAUUUGUUAUGGAAAUAUUUCAAGAUGAAUUAGAGCAGCUGAAAAAAAUAUCACUUUGAUAUAAUUGUCAAAAAUAUACCU